AUGGAUCGAGUGAUCGAGGGAUACAAUCAAGCUGCCGCCGCCGCCGCCGCCGCCGCUGCUGCUGCUACUGCUAGUGGAAGGGUUGAUUCACAUGAUGCUGAGGAGGACGAAGACCGGUUGGAGCAAACUGCCCGCACGUCCAUACUAGCCCUCAUGUACGCAGCACCAAAGAGACUACCCUCUGCUGGAAACUCGGCUUCUCCUUCUUCUGCCACAGCCGGGUUUGAUCUUCGUGCUGUUUUCAACUCGUUAGGAGGAGCGCCCGCCGGCGACACCGCCUUGCUCCGCGCGGGGGACCUUCAAGCCGCGCUCGUAAGACUAUGCCGGGAGGACAGCAGCCGCACGAGUUCGGCCACGACGGCGGCAUUGCCAAGCGCUGGUGUCUUAGACGGCGCAGCUGCUAGGGUCGCGGCCCGAGUGGUCGGCACCAGCGAAGGCGUCGAUUUUCGGCGCUUCGAAGACUGGAUUAUGCCCCCACGAGGGUUCGAGGAAGUCCGACGCGUCCUGAUCGAGCUCGUGGAGGAGGGUUCUGCGCUCGGACUCACGGCGGCCGAGCUGUUUCUGCAGCUGGACGAAGGCGCUCAGCACGAGGGGAUUGGCAGCCGCGAGCUAAAGAAAGGGCUGGCCUCCUUGAGCGUUCAUCUUACCGAAACCGAGGUCGAGAUGGUCAUGUCCGGCGCGGGUUCUUGUUCCACCGGUGGUGGCAUCGACGAGCGGAAUCAAUCUGGCAAGGAUCGACUAAUAAUGACCUUGCAAGAGUUUUCAGCCCUUGUCCAUAACCCGCUCGAACAGCCGCAACGGGCAAUACCGGUCACUGCCACUGGUUCUGCUGCAUGUGCCUUCGAAGCGAACAAGUCUCCGCAGGGAGCGGAACCUAGCAACGAAAGAAGGCACACCACCAACACCGACAGCGCUGCCGCGGCGGAAGAUGGCGACGGGUGUGUGACACCCGACAGCCUCGCGCCGAGAAUGUCGUUGUCAGAGCUGCACGCGUUGGACGACGGGAAGGACAGCGGCGGCGGCAGCGCGUACGCGGGCGGUCCCGCCACCUCUAACUCCACCGCGGCGCACGUGGAGGCGUUCGGGCGGGUCGCCGCCGAUGUGCAGGCGGUGCUCGCUACCGCCGUCUCUGGUAGCGUAACGGGACGCAGCGGGUCAGGUACCGUUGGGCAGGAUGGGUGUUCCUCUAGUACUGACGGUAAGCGUGGCGGGCAAGGAGGUUCAAACAGCAAGGACAGGAGACCCCCGGUGCCUUCCCCGAACUCGUCAGCGGGCCCGGCGGCCAUGGAGGCGUGUGCCGCCGACAGUCGAAACCGAGUCGGGGUCGCGGACAGAAACCCUGGUGAGGAAGAGGGGAAGAGGGAGAAGAAGGAAGAGGAAGGAAAACAGGGUGGAGAGGAGCAAGAAAGUCCCUCGCAAACACCAACAAGCAGCAGAGUAUCCACGAACGCCUCACACUCCUCCCCGUUCCCGCGCGCGGGCGCUGUAACACCUCCGUUCGGACCGGCACGGUCGCCCUCGGAGCCUCUCCACCCGACCCGGGCGUCUCGGGAAAGGCUGGAAGCGGCCCUGGAGGGUCUCGAUCUCAAAGAGCGCUUGCGGCCGACCACGACCGUUGGAGGAAACAACGCUGACAACGGCAGCGACGAUCCUACCAGCUCCCUCGGCUCGCGUAGGAGAAGCUCCCACAGGAGCGCCGGGGCGCGGCUACCUGCCGAAGGUACUGGCGGAGAGGCACGACAAGCGUCGUCGCAGCGGCGUGCGAGCUCUGUCGGCGGUAGAAGAUGGCGGCCCGGAACCUCGUCUUCCGUGGCGAAGGUUGCCGUCGGUACCUCCGCAAGCCCGGCAGCGUUUUCAUCACGCCGCUUGGCGUCAGACGUUGUAGGUGGUGGGGUCGGCAGCAGCAAUAGGAGACCCGUGGCGGGAAGGCGGAGGAUAGCGACAGGGGUCGACGAGAAAGGUUCACGUACCGAUCGGUUGUCCACCUCGAGAAGUGGAGCGGCUGGGCCGGAACAGCGGCACGUAGAUUUGACCGCGGCAGAAGGGGCCCGGAACCCUGAAUACGACGGAGGGUCCGAGGGCGCGCCGGAGGUUAUAGGAGGUCUCCGGGCCAAGGUCGCCGAGCUGGAGCUUGCGGAGCAUCUCCUCCGGUGCGAGCUAGACGGAGCGCGCGCAGACCUCGUUUCGGAACGGCGGCGGGCCGAGGAGGAGUCGCGGAGAGAGGCGGCCAGGGCCAAGGAGCGGGAGCGCGUGCUGCAGGCAAGGAUGGGCGCGCGGCUAAGGGCGGCAGAGGCCGAGGCGGCAGCAACAGCGAAACAGAUGGCCGACUUCAAGCGGUGGCAACGAGCAUGCUUGGCCACCAGACGGCCGCACAAAGAGAGCCGGGGUGGCGACAACGGCACCUACUCAGCCGGCGGAAGCGAGCGCGGUGAUGGUAGUGCUGGUCCCGGAAUCAGCAGCAGUAGCGGGUGGGCGCAGCGGCGAGCAAGGAGACGGAUAGUGCCUCCGGGUGACGCAGGGGGCGGCGUCGGUGGCGAUCGGGGCGGUGACAGGAGCGCGGCCGCCGCAGCGGCGAAGCUUCGGGACGAGCUGGCGUCUUGCCGCAAGAAGCUCGACGUCGCGACCGCGGACGUGUACAGGCUGAAGAAAGAGGUAUCUGCUGCUUCGGGCAAGAAGGGUGGCAGUAGGUGCGGCGACUGCCACCGGGCCGAGGAGUGGGGAGGAGGAGGGGGCCACGUGGCGAAGGAGAUGGGAGAGGGCAAGAAGAGCGCUAGGCCAGGCAAAGCCUGCCUCGUUUGCGGCGAACGCGGUCGAAGCAGGUGUGAACGAAAGGGGGUGGUUUAUUCCGUCCAUUGA